AUGGCGAGAUAUUCCCAACCGUCAUCAUUUGACUUCUAUCAACAAUCCCCUACUACCUUGGAUGCCAAACCUGCAUUUCCCGAAGAGGAUGAGAUGAGUGUAUUAGACGACAAGAUCCUGGACUCUACUUCCCCCGAUAUGGCUUCCUCAGCUGCCGACCACCGCAGACCCUCAUAUGAUCAUGCACCCGAUGCAUACACGCAUCGAGAUUCCGUCUGGUCCGACUUCUCUCAUUCUGUCUCUAGCAACCAGUCCCGCCACAACUCCCAAGUCGGCCACCCCUUCUUUGAAUCCGCCCCCAAUCCUUUCAUGCGCGUCGACGGCGCUCACCCGUCCGCAGCAUACGCUCAGCAGGCCUCGUGGUCCCUGUCCAAGGACUCGGGCGCAUGCACUCCCACCGCCAUGUACGAGCACUUCCCUUCCGAGCUCGACCACAGCACCGCCGCUCCGUUCGCAGGCGGCGCUGUUGGUCCCGUCAGCACCAUCAACAUCCCCUCCAUGUCUUACCGGCCCGGCAUGGCCUUCGCCCACCCGGCCGCCGUGGCUAUGUCGCCGCAAUCGAGUCAGGGUUGGAUGCCUGCCGCCACCGACAUGGCCGAUGCCGUGGCCCGUCCAACCAAGAGUCCCACCUACCGCAACAGCUCCCCGUUGAGCAUGCGCCGGGACGGCAUCCGCAAGAAGAAUGCCCGCUUCGAGAUCCCUGCAGAGCGGACGCUGAGCAACAUUGAUCAGCUCAUCAGUCAAUCGACCAAUGAGGAGGAGAUCAAGGAAUUGAAGCAGCAGAAGCGGCUGCUGCGAAACCGCCAGGCGGCAUUGGACUCCCGCCAGCGCAAGAAGUUGCACACGGAAAAGCUGGAAGAGGAGAAGAAGCAGUUCACGCAGAUCAUCAGCGAUCUCGAAGAGGAGCUGCAGAACAUGCGCCUCCGAGAGGCGGAGCUCCUUCGCGAGAAGAGCGAAUGGAUGGCCGCCCAGCAGGAGAUCACCCAGUACAUCAACACGAUGCACAUGGAGAAGGACGAGCUGAUCCGCGUGCACACCCUCGAGACUGCUGAGCUUCGUAAGAAGAACAACAUUCUCAAGGAAACCGUGGAGAAACUCGAGCGUCACGCCAGACCAUCGGCCCCCUCGAAUCUGCCCUCGGAGUUCUCUGACUUUGAGAACUUGACGAUGGAUAGCAGCCCUUGGGAGGACUUCACGAUGGUCAACAGUCUCUCUCUGGAUGCCGAGGCAGUUGCCGCCCCGUCUGCCCAAUCGACUUCGAUGGUUGUCGCAUCGAACGAGAAGGAUAAGGCGAACAGCGACUACCCAUUCAGCUGGAAUGCGUUUUACAUGUGCCUGCUGUUCGGCGCGUUCGUGGCAUCGAACGGCUCCUCGCUUUCCGCCCGCUCCAUGCCGCAGCUCUCGGAGGAGUACCGCGCGGAAUCAGCCAACGUGCUGAAGGCCGUAUUGUCGUCGUCUCCUCCCGAGCUUGCCCAGCCGAUGGGUCAGGCCGCUGUCGCUCCCUCGGCUGCUGGCGUUAUGCCUAGCACCAUCACUGGCGCCCAGAUGGCCCAGAUGACUGGCACUGCGGCGCCGUCCAACCUUGAUGAGCUUCACAGCACCCUGGUGAUGCCCUCCAAGCAGCAGGAGCACGAGCAGGUCUUUGCUCUCAAUGCGGACCAGUACAACUCUUUGACUACUUACGACGAUGCUGGUGUUGAGUACAAGCAACAGCAGCCAUCGAACCUUCAACAAGCUCUGGCUGCCAUGAGAGGCAGUGUCCAGAGCAAGAUGUCGACGAAGGCCACCUCCGACGUCUACUCACGAUCUCUAAUGUGGGACCGGGUCCCUGAAAAGGUGAUCCGGGACUUCCGCCGCAUGGUCCAAGACUGUGGUGUCUCUCCGGUUAAGGAAGAAGACGCCAAUUUCGGUCACUAG